UCGGUUCUCUCUCUGUAACCACUGUGUGAAAUUUUGGGUUCUGAAAGCAAGAAUGGCGUGGUCUGCUAUAAAGCGCAGACAAUUGGAGGAUGGUUUUGGUUCCUUUGAGUUUCAGUUUCAGACCCAGAAGAGGAAGAGGUCUUCUAGGGUUUCUGAGACCCAACGGAAUGUAGCCGUUGAGGAAAAGUCGACUGUUGGUCUUCCUCUGUGCAUGGGUUUGGCUUCGUCUGCUACAAAAAAUGCCAACCAGGAAUCAGAAGAGGGUUUUGAUGAAAUCUGUCAAACCCAGAAGAGGAAGAGGUCUUCUAGGGUUUCUGAGACCCAACGGAAUGUAGCCGUUGAGGAAAAGUCGACUGUUGGUCUUCCUCUGUGCAUGGGUUUGGCUUCGUCUGCUACAAAAAAUGCCAACCAGGAAUCAGAAGAGGGUUUUGAUGAAAUCUGUCAAACCCAGAAGAGGAAGAGGUCUUCUAGGGUUUCUGAGACCCAACGGAAUGUAGCCGUUGAGGAAAAGUCGACUGUUGGUCUUCCUCUGUGCAUGGGUUUGGCUUCGUCUGCUACAAAAAAUGCCAACCAGGAAUCAGAAGAGGGUUUUGAUGAAAUCUGUCAAACCCAGAAGAGGAAGAGGUCUUCUAGGGUUUCUGAGACCCAACGGAAUGUAGCCGUUGAGGAAAAGUCGACUGUUGGUCUUCCUCUGUGCAUGGGUUUGGCUUCGUCUGCUACAAAAAAUGCCAACCAGGAAUCAGAAGAGGGUUUUGAUGAAAUCUGUCAAACCCAGAAGAGGAAGAGGUCUUCUAGGGUUUCUGAGACCCAACGGAAUGUAGCCGUUGAGGAAAAGUCGACUGUUGGUCUUCCUCUGUGCAAGGGUUUGGCUUCGUCUGCUACAAAAAAUGCCAACCCAGAAACAGAAGAGGGUUUUGAUGAAAUCUGUCAAACCCAGAAGAGGAAGAGGUCUUCUAGGGUUUCUGAGACCCAACGGAAGGAAAAUUCGACUGUUGGUCUUCCUCUGCGCAAAGCCAAAGGUUUGGCUUCAUCUGCUUCAAAAGGGACGUUGGAUUGUUCUAAGGUCUUGGAUUCUCUGAUGAACCUCAGCCAUGCGAGCUACUUCAACAAGCCUGUUGUUGAUCCUGUGGCUGAGAAUUUGCCGGGUUAUUUCGAAGAAAUCUGGAGGCCGAUGGAUUUGGGUACUGUGAAAUCGAAAUUGGAGAGGGGUGUCUACUCCAGCGCUGAUGGCUUUGCUGCUGAUGUCAGGCUUAUCUUCUCAAAUGCUUUCAGAUAUUUCACCCUUGGGAGUAGAAAUCUUGCAGCAGCCAAGCAUCUUAGUGGGGUUUUUGAGACCCAAUGGAAAGAAGCUGAGGAGAAAAUGUCAAAGACCGCUUGUCCUCCUCCUACUCCUCCUCUGCCCAAACGGAGACCAAAUGGCAAGAGCUCUUCUGCUUGUAGGGUUCUUAUGCAAAGUCAAGGGGUUGUUGGGGUUUCUGAUUCUCACUCAGUUAAGUCAACCAAAGAUGAUGACUUGGGCACCCUUGUUCAUCAUGCCAUGUAUCAGGCCACAGACAAUCUUUCUCCAUGUAAGGCUAGGCGAAUUCAGUCGCUCAAGAUGCGAUUUUCGGGUACAAUACGGAAAGCAAACAAGAUACUUAAAGGUCUACCUGAUUCUCCACCAAGGAGAAAAUUGAUGCAUCGGAUGGAGCGAAGGGAAUCAGCUCGCCACGCCGUUUUGAACAUGGAAAAGUCAGUCCAAUUUGAGAACCCUUUAAAGGAUCUCAAAGAACUUGAGAUUCUGUGCGGCUGUGGCAGUGAAAAGAUCUACCUUGGAUUGCCCCUUAAGCAUUUGGGUUUGUACCUCAAGGAAGAUGACGAGUUGCAGGGUCAGGACGAGGAGGCUUUUCUGAAUGGAGAUUGGGAGGAAGGCGAGAUCUGCUGGCAGGAAGGCGAUUGGGAGGAAGGUGAGAUCCGCUCAUGAAGUACAGUUUUUGUGUGAUUGCUAUUUGAUGGCUAAUGCAACUGAGAGCGAAUGGUUUGGGCAUGAGGGACAAAAGGAUGUAAGUUGGCAAUAAAACUGAAAUCAAAUCACACGGAAGCUUAUCAAGAACUUGGAGACAAUUCCCCAUCUUCGCAGGUGCAUCAGCAGCAGCUUUUCUUUCCCUAUGAACGCAAACCAUAGAGAAAUUCCAAACUCCAGCUAAUCAGUUGCAAGGGUUGUUGCUAUGGAGUGUGUGCCCCACACGUCUAAUCCCAGCAUUGGCAUUUGCUUCAGUAACCCUGAUAAUCAGUUUGCAUUGCUAUUGGAGUUGUGUGGCCUUCAUCAUCUCUUCAAUAAGGGUUAUAUCAUGGCUAUUUCAGGUCCCCCCAAUAUUUUUUUCCCUCUUGUACUGUCUCUUCGCGUCAAUAAUGCCAUAAUAUGAAGGAAAACUAUGGAGUGUGCCCCCUUCUUUUAAACCCUGCAGUGGCAUUUGCUUCAGUGACUGAUAAUCAGGUCAAAAUCUUGUUGCAUACGGUUGGCCAAUGUCAAACCUUGUAAGUCCAAAUCAGACAGUGUGAAUUGGAGAAUGUUCUGUUAUCUGUUUUCUGCACUUACCUUACCCCAUACUAAUAUAAUUUUCAUAGGAUUAUGUGACUAUAUGAGAUCUUGAGGUAAUUGUGUGAGUACGUAUAUACAAUCCAAACAGAAACAGAUUAGUAAUUGAGUUGUUGCAUUUAGUUCUCUACUAGCUAAUUGUUACAUUAGUAGUGGAUCAUAAAUUGUCAGUUCUCUUCAAUAGUCUGGGGAAUAUAAGAUUCAAUUUUAUUAAGUAUUGUAUUGUUUCACAUGUUUUGAAAAUUGAUAGAUGUCAUUUUCUUUUGAAAAAAGUUCACUAUAUAUGUUAUUAGUUGGUGCUAUAAUCUUGAUAUGUUUCUGUUUUCUGACGGCUCUUCAGGGAAAUUGAAGUAUUUCUCAUAAUAUGAUGAAAACUAUGGACUGUGUGCCCCCAUCGUCACUGUCAUUUGAUUCUCUGUGUUCUUUGUUGUCUUCUGUGCCUUAGAUUUCUCUCUCCCCCCUCCCCUCUUUUAAAGAUGAAUGACAUUUCAUGCAACAAUUUACGGAGUGGUUAACUGUUUUAUGAAAUCUAUGCUACCAAUUUGUGUUCGAUGGUUUCAUCUUGUCAGGUGUUUGAGCCUUGUUUAGGAAAUCUGUGGUAAAUAAAAUUUGUGUUUGUUAAUACAGACUUUGUGCCUUGUAGAGUCUUAUCCAAAUUGUAUACUAGUAUGAUUUUCACUGAGAACUUGGGUUAAU